AUGCCUGUGCAAAUCACCGCGCUCGUGCCCUCCCUCCGCGACGAAUUCAUGUGGAUCGACGGCAUGAAUCGCGCCACGGACGGGCCGGCGAGUCCGUGGUGGCAAACCGUCUUGUCGUCCGACGGACCGAUUCCAACAGAGUACUUAUCCCAAGUGCCCAGAGACUGGCCGUACACGGAGUAUGGUGUUAAGCGGAAAAUCGGUCUCGUGGCGAGUUGGCCGUUUGUGCACCCAAACGCGACGAGUGUGACGGUCGCGUGGUUAUUUUACGGCGAGUCCCGCGGCGGCGGCGACGUCAAAUGGACCGCAGGCUACGGCUGCCCCGGUCAGGAUACCUGUGAGUCGGACGAUGAUUCCUGCGUCGACGAGGGGGAUGUCGCAUGGAGGGUUGAGUGGGAGUCUGCCAUCGAUGGAGAUGGUUACGAGUCUGGUGUCGGAAGAAACGAUGGGGACGGAGGCGGUGAUGAAGAAGUUUGA